GUGCUUUCCAGUGCACACUCCUUGUGGGUUUGACGAUAUGCCAGGGACAAUACUGCGUGCGCCGCGGCUGGAACAGCUCCAGUGCCUGAUCAGGGGGCAUCACUUUCAUCUUACUCACUUACAUUCAUAAUUAGCUGAAAUUUGCUGAGAUGUGUUUUCUUUUCCUAGGAUGUAUCAUCCAGCGUGAAUUCCCAGCUUAGACUCAUGCAGCGUUAGUUUUUUUGUUGACAAUUAUGGGCCAAUUAUAUAUUCAUAACAAGCACAAAAGUUGAGAACCAGUGCCAUGAGUAAUUUAAUUUGGGGAACUCUUUAAACUAAUGUCUCGACUCAUAUCAUGCAAUAUUUAGUCAGACAGCAGUUGGUAGGAAGUAGGGACUGGUGUUUUUGCUCGGUUGGUUUACUUAAGCCUCAGUGCUUCCCAAUACCAAUUACAAGUAACCUUUAGUGUGUAUUUAGUUUCUGCAUUACUAGGUUUCCUCAGGGCUACAAAAAGUCAAAAGAGUACGUUUUGUAAUUCCCUAUGAUGAUCUAUUGUCACAUGUCCAAGUUAUUCCAUGAAGUAGCCACCCGCCCUUUACACCACAGGGCGGCCGCUUCAAUCUAACAAGGAAAUGUUUGUCCCCAUUACCCGGAAGAAGAGAAAGCAACCAAAAAGAGCGCUCGGAUUCAAUUUGAACAGAAGGCACCUUCGGGUUACACUAACGUUUGUUUAACCAGAGCACCAAGUUCAAAUUUCUCCCGACCGGGCACAUCUCCACCCACGAGGAUGAGCUUCUCCCCCAGCCCAGCCGGCCUGGCGGGCCCUGCAGCCGGCCGCAGCAUCCAGGAACAGAGGGAGCGCUGGGGAAGGAAACGGAGCCGCACCGGCCGUGAGCUGGUCCAGACCGAACAACGCUACUGUGAACAGCUGGAGCUGGUCAACACGUACUUUGUGGAGAUUCUGAAGGCCAAAGGCACCCUGAGGCAGCAUAUUAGAGAAAGCAUCUUCAGUUCAAUUAAAUCCAUUCAUUCAGUAAACCAGACUUUGCUGGUGCACUUGGAGAACGGUUAUUUUGGCCGAGGCUUUGAGCAGUUCUGCCCUCAGCUGCAUUACUACAACACCUACGUGGAUAACAUCCACAAUGCCCGGAAGGUUCUAGGGGCGCAUUUAAAGAAGAACAAGGCCUUCCGGCGUUUCAAGAAGCUCCAGGAGGCCAGGCCUGAGUUACACAACUGCACCCUGGAGGACCUGCUCCCUCUGCCCAUCCAGCGCAUCCAACAGUACAAGCAUUUCUUACGGGACUUGACAGAGAACACCAGUCCAGAAAACCCAGAGUUCCAACAGCUUUCAAGGGCAGUGAAGGCGGUCUCGGAGGUGUCCCAGCGUAUCCAGGACAACGCCCGCAGCCAUGAGAACCACCUGCAGCUGAAGCGUGUGCAGAAACUGCUGAAGGGGCGAAAGACCAAGGUGCAGGCUCCAGGUAGGUGGUACAUCCGAGAGGGCUGGCUCAGGACGGUUCGUCCCAAAGGGGCCGAGGCCAAGCCCAAGAUGUUCUUCCUGUUCUCGGACGUGCUGCUCCAGACCAAGCCCUGCAACCAGCUCCACCCCACCCACGGGGACAAGUUCUCCUGCCAGCGCGCCUACCCUCUGGCAGAGUGCACCGUGGACAAGGUGUUCGGCCACACCAAGAGCCAAGGAGGCCUGCUCAGCCUGACCUUCCCCAGGGCCCAGGUGCUGCUGAUGUCCUGCAACCAGGAGGACGUCAACGACUGGUACCGCAGCCUGUUCUCCGCUGUGGGGCAGCUGAAGUCCAGGAACACGGUGGUCCAUAAGAGAGACGAGCUGACGAGGAGGCCUCUCCGCCCAGCCCCAGACAGCCAGCAGAGCACACCUGUCACCCCCGGCCCUCCUGUCACUCCUGGACGGAAGCGGAACAUGGCCAGUGGAGAGGCGAGCGAGCGUGCCCAGACCCCAGGCCGCCCCCAGCCUGCCUUGGCAGAGCCAGAGGGCAGCGCCACCAAGAGGAUGAGGCUAGCUGACGCGCCGGUGGAGAGUUUGUCCCUUCAAGGUACACCCUCGAGGUGCUCUAACAAACGACCAAUCCCUGAGGCAGGUCAACAGUGGGAAUCUGGCCGGGAUUUCCGGUGCAGUGUGAAAGGUUUCGCCUGGUCCCUCUCUCCUCAGUGUCCCAGAGCCGGCCGGCUCCAGCUGUGUGAUCCUGUGAGGGGCGUCGGAGCAGAAGACCUGCCGUACCGCCAGACACACAAUCCCACCUGGGGGUGGAGAAUAGGUAUCGGUGGAUAUGUCGAGAUUGUGAAAAAAAAUCGAUACCUGGGUCCAAAUACUAUUUUUAAAGGAUUUCAAAUGCGUAUGUGGGCACGAUAGAUCUAGGCUGCCCAACUUAGCAGAUGGGUCAGUUCCAAAGCUCACCUGAGAGCUGACACUCCAGGAGGUUUGAAGCGAAAAGCUCAAAGUAUUUGUGUUUGUUUUUAAUACUAUUUGAGUCAGGUGAGAUCAAUGUGACUAUCAGGGUGCAGAUAGCUUACCUAUGUAUUUAUAUACUCUUGUACGCAAGCCAAAAGACACAGAUAUACGUUAUCUCUCUUAAGUAACACUUUUCUAGUCAUUUUUUUUAUAUCUGAAUCAUUUUAAUGUUGAUACCAAAGAGGUGGUGUGAUGGAGCUGAAGGUAGGAGGAUAGUGUGGCAGACUUGUUGCUCCUCUGCCGGGCGCUUGGCCUCAGUGUCAGAAAUAAUCAAAGAAUGAACCUCCAAAGUUUGAUUCGUUAUGAAUGUAGAAUUAUGAACUGGAUGUUGGCAAAACAUCCAUUAUGGACAUUGUCAGAUACUCCUCAUGGACGUUAUACACUCCACCUCACUCUGGUUUUAGGAUCAGGUUUUAGACAAUGCUUCCUACAUGGUUGACAGAUGGUGUGUUUUGCAGCAUGCUGUCGUCACGAUUUAAAUGAUUUGUUAUUCACUUUGCUGCAUUUUCCAUUGUGUGUAUAUAGAAUAUAUAUGUGCUCGCCAAGUGUAACCGACCUAACCUUUUAUACAGCAAUAAGUCUUUGGGAGUUAUGGGAUGUGUAGUGCAAUAAUUGAAUGAGUGUUUGCAAGCCAGCUGCACUGUGUUCAAGUGAAUUACUACUACUUGGUCAUUUAUUGAUUACUAAAAGAUAUAUUUUACUACUUUAUGAAGGGGCUUUGUGCAUGAACUGUUGAGUGAUUGCCUACUGAUUCAAGACUUUGUUUUAGAUCUAAGGUUGCAUGGUAUGAUAUGAAUCAAUUUUAUAAUCAAUACUUACAAAUCAGAGUAUCAACAGAAGUCUGUUUUGAACAUUGUUCAUUCUUUUUUACAGCUAAGCUGCUUUUAACACAUUUGAAAAAAGAAAAAAAAUCUGCAUAUCGUUCACUCUUGUCUUGCUGCUAUUUAAAACUGUUACAAACUCAACAAAAAUACUCUUUAUUGAAAUGUAUCAAUAAAACUUCAACUGAUCUGACAGUCUA